UUUCCAGAGAUACGACUCUCUUUGCUGUUUGCCAAUGGCUCAGUUAUAAUUUUUAAAAAUAUUGUGGGUUUAUGAGAGUGACGAUACAUAAAUUGUAUGGAUAUUAAUUAAUAUAUAUAAUAAAUUAAAUCGCAGAGUAAUUUAAAAACUCGAUUAAUCACAAAUUAUUUGAGACUGGAGUAUGUUGCGGCAUCAUCAUUCGAUGCAAAAUCAGUUAAAAGAUCAGAACAGAAUGGUUGGACCAACUCGUCAAAUGUCACAGGGAAAUAUGAUGCCGCCACAUCAACCACAGCCACAUAUGCAUUUGCACCGUGGUAUGCAUGCUCCACAACAAAUUAUUUCAAUUGCUGGACAUCAAGCAAUGCAUGCACAUCUUCAACAUUCCGGACCACCUCGACAACCUCUCAUUAUUGGUGCUAACGCACAAAAUCCAAACGGAUAUCGACGCGUUUUAACUCUGAUCUGCCUGUGUGCCCUUAUAAUUGAUAUGGAAGCUAAAAAACAUCAGCCAAACUUACCUUAUAAUAUUGAAAAUUUGGACCUGUUAUUUGGGCCAACGGGAUGUAUCGAAGGCACGAUGUUAAGCAUCAGCGUGAAUAGACAGUCGGAUCCAGCAGUUCCAGUUAGUCAAACAGUUGUACAGUAUCAAUAUCAAGGCAACAUUCAGCAAGUAAAUUCACCACAACAACAACAGCAGCAGCAGCAACAGCAACAACAGUCAAAUCCAGGUGAAAAUAAGUCACCUACUCGUGAUGGUAGUAGAGAAUCUCGAAAUCAUAGUCCGUCAAAUCAAAAUCACGCAAAUACUACAAAUCAAAAUUUGGCAAACAUGAAAGAGAAAACUCCAAUGUGUUUAGUAAAUGAAUUGGCACGAUUUAAUAAAAUUCAACAUCAAUAUAGACUAACAAAUGAACAAGGACCGGCACAUAAAAAAAGAUUUACUGUAACAUUAAAAUUAGGAGAAGAAGAAUACGUUGCUGAUGGUCCUAGCAUUAAAAAAGCUCAACAUAGUGCAGCAACAGAAGCACUUACUAAAACAUUGUAUAUACAACCACCACCAAAACCUAGAUCUAUACGAAUUGGUCAUUCAACAAAAAGUCAAACAGGCUGUGGAAAUUAUACGAGUCAUUUACCACCAACUGUUGAACUUAAUGCAUUGGCUAUGAAACGUGGUGAGCCAACAACGUACACAUAUAAACAUGCACCGCCAACACCAAAUAUACCUUUCAAUAAUAUACCAGAUCCUCGGAUGUUUAAUCCAAAUUAUCCACGUAGUAUAAAUCAUCGUUUUCUUAAUGCUAAACCAGAAGGUCUUUAUGUAGUAACAUUGAAAGUUGGUGAUCGUGAAUUUAUUGGACAAGGUGUUACUGGUCAAGCAGCUCGGCACGAUGCAGCAAGCCGAGCUUUAGAACAAUUACGACAGUUACCACUUCCUGAAGAAGUAGUUCAAACGACUACUAAUGAAAAUGGUGCAAGCCCAGGUAUUGAAGAUCUUAAUGCUGAACUUAAAAGUCCAGUUUCUUUGGUUCAUGAGACAGCAUUAAAAAGAGGAUUAUCGGUAAGCUUUGAAGUUGUAUCAGAAAGUGGUAAACCACAUAUUCGUAUAUUUAAAACCAAGUGCAGUGUUGGAGAUACUGUUACACAUGGUGAAGGAUCAUCGAAAAAAGUAUCGAAAAAGCGUGCAGCAGAACUUAUGUUAGAUGAAUUAAAAAGGCUUCCACCUUUACCUACAACGGUACAGUGUCGACCACUUCGUAUGAAACGUAAACCUCCUGCUACUAAAAAAAAAUCACGGAAUCUUAUAAAAGAUUAUCAAGAGCCACGAUCAGAUUCUGAGAUUGCCGAUGAAGUUAAUCCUAUUUCACGUCUCGUUCAAAUACAACAGGCUCAAAAAAAACCAGAACCAAUAUAUUCAUUAGUUGAAGAAAAAGGUGCACCUAGACGACGAGAAUUUCUUAUGGAAGUAUCUAUUGGUAAUGUUUCGGCACGAGGAAUUGGACCAAAUAAAAAACUUGGAAAGCGAGCUGCAGCUGAAGCUCUUUUGUCUAAACUUGGUUAUAGUAAACCGGAAGUACAACCAAUUAAAUCGUCUAUUAAAACAGCUGAUAGUGAAAAUUCAACUAGUGAAAGUAAACCAAGAAAAGUAACUUUUCUUGAAGAUGAUAAACAUCAGCAUCAAAAUGAAACUCAAAGUCAUCCAGUUGGUGGUACUAUUGGACGUCAAUUAGUUCCAGGUUUACUUUUAGUAGAUGGUGGGCAAGAAAAUAAAGUAAAUAGUGGGCCAAGUGUUCAAGUAGUAGCUGAAGAAUUACGAGAACAGCAGCAGAGUAAUACUUCCGGUGUAUCUCCAAAAGAGCAAUUAAAAUAUUUAGCACAACUUCUUAAUUUUGAAGUAGAAUUCAGUGAUUUUCCAAAGAAUUUUCAGGGUGUAUACAAGGAGUAUUUGUCAUUGGUAUCACUAAGUACUGAUCCGCCCCAAGUUUGUCAUGGUCAUGGCCCAACUACAAGUGCAAGUAGAGAUCAAGCGGCUCUUACAGCUUUACGUACUCUUAGUAAACUUGGAUUGGAUAGCGUUACAAAUACACAAAAAAAAGAACAAUCUGCUUCAAACGAGCAGACGAAAAAUCAAGCGAAAAAUAAUAUUCUCAAUCAAGCGAUCGACAAGUAAUGUUGAUGUGUAAAAAUUGAAUCACGACAAGUUUCAUUUUUUACAGUACGUUUUGCUUCGGAUAUUAUAACAGUCUUAAAGCGUGUUGUUUUUUUUUAGUUUUUAAUUUUUUUGUUUUUUGAUUUUCUAUUAUUAUUUUGUUCUCAUUUUAUUUUUUUUUAUACAUUAAAUCGCUGACAUAGAAGCAAGAAACUAGCAGUAAUAAUGAUCGCUUGAAAUCAUUGUCGAAUCGCGUUUAUAAUUUACUCGCAGUAUUAUUGCCCUUGUGGAAUACAUAUUAAACGAAAAUAUAAAUAGAUCAAAUUGAAUUCUAUAGUCGCUUUUUAUUAUUAUUAUUUAAAAUAAUUAUUAUUUUUUCGUUUUUAUGGUAUGUUGAUCCUAACUUGUCUUCCGCUUGGGCAAAGUAACACGAUGAAAUUACGAAUAAAAUAUCGUUUAAAAUUUUAUUUAUCAAUCAUGAUCGAAGUUAACUAACCAAUUAAUAUCUCAGACGAAAUUGCGGCCAUUUCCUCAGUCUUUUGAUUGUUUCUUCUUAACUUCCAAUUUAUCGUAUCUCAUUCUUCCUAUCAUCAGUAAAACUUUUGCUAAAUUUAUUAUCUCUUUUUAGUUAUAUUUUACCGGAAACGAAUACGAAUCUAAAAGUUUAUAAUUUUUCAGUAAUGAAUAAGAAAAAAAAGUUGAAUAAUUUUAUUUUAUUCAACUAAAAAAUUAGGAUUGAAUUAUUAUCUGUUCUUCAUAAAAUGUUAUUGAUGGUUUAAAAAAAAAAUUAUUACCAAUUAAUUAUUAUAAAUAUAUAUAUAUAUUAUACAAUAUUUUUUUUCAAUCAAGUAUUUUAAGAAAUUGUUACAAAAAAAAAAAAAUUAAUGAAUUUUAAACGAAAUUUUUUUUAUAUUGUUUUGCUGGAGAUAAUAUUUUAUAAUUCACCCCGUUGCCUUAUGAUUAACACAUGAUUAAAACUGAAUUUUGUUGUAAAAUCUUAAAGCAACGUCAUUGAAUUACAUAAUAUUCUCUCGCAUUUAUUUAUAAGGAUUUAUGAUAUUAUGAUUGUAAAUUAAUUUUGGGAGGAGUCGGUAUGCGGAUGUGAAGGAAAUUGAGGAUUGAAAGCUUAUUAAACAGUAUUCCGCUGAAUACAAGUUUCACGUAUUUUUUAGAGAUAAAUUUCUUUUUUUCGAAUGCAUCAUUCCCCUAUUUCCUUUUGUAUUGAACAAUGUUGUUUAUAACACCGACAUUUCCUAAAUAAAAUCAAUCUUAUUAUCAUUGAUGAUAUAAACAUACUAAAUUAAAAAUAAAGAAAAAAAAUAAAAUUAA